AUGCUCGUGAUUUUUCACACAACCUUGUGUAUCGCGAUUAUUGCCAUCGUAACAAUGAACAUAUCCUCCAAGGACUCGUCGAAAUCCCCGAACAGACAGGAGCGCGAAUCCUGCAUCAACAACGUGAAACUCAACCCCCGGCGCGGCUCCCGCCCCUCGAUCGACAACACCACCUACACGAAGCGCCAGCCCAAACUCCAGAGGGGUAGUUUGGAGAACGUGUCCACCGACCCGUGGGGCGACUCCCAGUCCGGGACCCUGCGACGAAGCCGCAGCUUGGCCAUCACCCGUGAGGACGUCUUCACGAACUUGGACUACCGCGAAAACGGCACACCGAGGAGGUCGCAGCUGAUCCCUCGGGCGAAGCUCAUCGAGAGACCGAAGGAGCCGAGGUACGCGGUGGUGCGGAACUUAACCCCGCCGGAUUACUCGCCGCCGAGGCGGACCACCGAGGCUGUGUAUUCGUCAAUAACUAACUUGGCUAGUCCCAAAUUCGUUAUUGGCAAGGAGGAAGACACGUCGGGAGGGAAUAAGGAUUGUAGGGUGUCGUAUGACGAGCUUCCGGGGUUGAGUCUGCCGAAUUAUUACCCGGAUUCCAAGUACGACACUGAUAAUACUGACGCGAUCUCGUUGGCGGACGACUUGUCGUCGUACGGAGACAACUUAAGCAAGAAGUACUCGUCGUGUGAUAAUAUAUCUGCAGGGAAGUGGACUAUCACCGAGCCGGAGAGUAUACCCUACGACGAUAACAUCGUCUUGAGUACUAACAGACCUUUGUACGACUCGAUCAAGGAGAACCACUACGCGAAACCGAGGACUAUCAGAGGUCCCACCCCUUACAACAGUGAGAAGCAGACGUACUACCGCGACAACAGACGCAGCUACUCUUCUGAUUCUUCCGAAGAGAAGCACAAAGAGGAAGACCACGAGAACGACAACAUCAGUUUGGAGUACUUCGAAACCGACAAAAAUCUAGACGAGAUUAAUGAAAAUAUCACCCGAAUCGUCGAAAUAGAAGAAGAAAAAGAAGAAACCAAAGACGAAGAGGUCGACGAAACCCUAAUCACAAACAUCGAAGUCGUUCCACCGGACGAAAACGACAAUUACAAGACAGUGGUUGCAGUCGAGCCGGACCCGAUCGACGAAACCGAAGAAGAAAAAAACAAACACAGUCACAACUACCUGCGCGAGUUUCUAGAAACCCAAAAGGGUUCGAAGAAACCUCUGCAGAACUUCAUCACCAAAAAACUAUCGAACUUAUCCCGCAAAAGCACGAACUUGAUCGACAAUCGCUUCUACUCGCUCCCGGAUUUAGCCGUGACGAAAAGCUUGAGGAAAUGCGAGAAGAUUGACCGGAAACUGCGAAAGUGCGACAAGACCACGAUCAAAAAACCUGCCGAAAGUGGCGAGAGUCGGUUUAUAGUGAACAUCGGCAAACAUUUCGAUAUCACAGCGAACGCCAACAUUCCAGUCGAUUUCGAACUAAAGAUAGCUAAAGUACCGCGGAAGAACAAAAAGAAGUCGAAGCAUAAACCAGAAGAACAGUUUCUGGAGGCCGUACGGAGCUUGAAAGCAACCUUGAGUCACAGACUAGACGAAAAUCACAACAUCACGAAACCCGAAAUCGUCGCCGUGCAGACGAAAAUGGACGAGUGCACGAAAGAGUACCACGAGAAAUUAGGCACCAUGAGGACGUACUGGGACAAGAUGAUCAACGGUAAAGAGAAAGCGGAGCAACCACCCAGCGAGGAUUCACCCACGAAGUGUAAGAUCGUCGACGUGCAGACCAAAGUCGAAGACGUCAAAAAGAAAUUCGAACCCGAGGAGAAAGAACCAGAGAAACCUAGCAAAGUCCAAAUCGCCAAGCAACUCUUCGAGAAAAAACCCAUCGAGAAAGUCGAGAAGAUCUCCCCUUUUAUCAAGGAAUCGUGCAAUUAUUUCGAAAACUCCAAAAACAAUAAUUACAUCACCACGAACAACAACCAGUACGAAAGUCUUAACCCGAACACGGUCGAAAUCGUGUCCAAAGACGACAAGAAGCACAAACCCAUUGCGAAAUCCAUGAGCAUAACGAACCCAGAGUUCGACCAUGUGAGGUACCGCGUGGUCAAAAGCGACCUCUUCCAGAAGAAGAUCUUCGCGAAUUGCGAGAAAGAGAGCCAGUUUGACGGGUUGAUGCAAUAUUUACAGGACUACAGUUUCCAGGAGUUGCUUCGGGACAACAACAUCGUCAUCAUCGAACCUAUUCGAACGAAAAUCCAGCACGAAUCGGGCGGUAAGAAGGCGAAAACAACCAAGAACGUGACUCCUCUUUUGCACAAACGUAGCGAGGAUCCCGCGGGGUUGAAGCGUCAUUUUUUCUACCACCCGAUUCGGGUGAACAAGGAGAUGAACGACGACGAGCUUCCGAAUCCGGAUACAGUGAAGCAGGUGAGGUUGAUGUUCGAAGGGGGGCUGCCCAGGUCUCGGAGUUCGCAGGAGUUCGACGGGGGCGACGUCAAACGUGGUGCUAAGUCGACGGAUCCGGAUAAAGAUCACUGUUCGGCGACGGAUUCCAACUCCAACCCGUCCAACAUGUCGGAUUUUGGGAGUCAGGAGAAUUUGUACGAUUCUCUGAUGGAACAUUGCUGUGAGAGGCAGUACGUGAGCGAGGACGUGCUUGAGAAAAUAAGGGAGUGCGGUACGACCGUGACGUACUACGGCGGACGGGUGGUGAAGAAGCAGUCGGGACAGCCGGUACUAACUAAAGCGAUCAUGGAAGAAAUCAAAAACAACGAAAUGAAAAGUGUGGAGUGCAAUUGUAAGAAGAACGAAAAAGACGGCUACCAAGGGGUGAAAUUCAAGUUGAUCAAGUCGAAUAGUUGCAGCAGCAGGUUAGAGUUAGUGGGGACGAGCGAUUUGAACGAAGCGAAAGAGAAGUACUUGAAUAAUAGACGGAAGAGCCUCAAGGACGUGAAGGAGUUGGAGAACAAGCAAGUGGAGAAGAACGUGAUCAACGAAUCUAUAAAGAAGAAAAUGGAAGAUACGCAGCCGAAAAUCAUCGGAGAAGAACGGAAGAUGACUCAAUGGGGCGACGUUUCCAAAGAGAAGACCUACAGCGGGAUAAACUUCAACAACGCGCCGAAAGCGAAAAUCAUGUACGACUACCACAACUACGACACCGUGAAGACGAAGACCAAGAAGAUCGACGACAUGGAGUUCGAACCGUACGAGGUGGCAUAGUCAAAACGUAGUCAAUUUAGUCAACUUUGUGAUUAUUGUUAUGUAAAAAUGGUAUUCCUGGUACAGGGCUUUAUUUAAGAAAUCUCAUAUUUACAACCACUGUAUAUUAAGCUUCAAAUAAAAUGUAAAAAAGUA